CGGCUGCAUUGCGUCCGCGCCCGCUUCUGUGCUGUGGUGCUGUACUAACCGGUGGUGAAAGAAGCCAGUUAUUUUAGUCGGUUUUCGCGUUGUUAAACUACUUCAAACUCCUGCCUACCGAUUACCCAGGAUUCCUUCAACGCAAAAGAUCCUACUUUCACUUCUUGUAGGUGUUGCUUCUUUUCUCGGAUAUCUGUGUCGUAGUUGGCGGUACCGCCAAUAGAAGUCCCCUGAAAGGAGGAACGUGCGCUGCCUCUGAUCGAUGGAAGAGCGCUCGAUAGUUGUACCUGCGCACGCCGUCGGCUAAGGUAAGCCGCAGCAAUAGACCUUCUUCUCCGCUCAAAUCAAUUUUUUUUUUUUGUGUGCGUGUGUUUGUGUGUACGCGGACAUCGCAGUCGCAACCUGCUCCUGUCCCGAUCACGCCUUGCGAACAUUUGACCUCGGAGGAAGCUGGGAUGUAAAGUGAAGGGUAGACCCAAAUCAUACCCUCGUUGCAUUCUCAUGUUUACCCCGAUAAUUUGGCUUCGGCGUGAAUCUAGGGAGCUGGUACGGCAGAACGCGAUCGGAAGCUCGUCUUGCAUCGUGUUGCUCUCACUAAGGAAAUGCCGCUGCAAUGAAUGAAGUUUAGAUGGUGUCUCUGCGAAAAUGAUAUACAACUCAGAAAGUCAGUCGAGAAAACGUAAUUUGGGCGCUAACUCAGAUUUCGUGGGGACGGACAGAAGGCAGCCAAGCGUUGGUCCAGCUCGCAAUGAAAUAAGUAUAGGAAGGACUCAUACAUUGAAUCAGUUUCGGUAUCCUGGCUGUGUUUUGGAGGUCAGAGGAGGUAAGCCGGUGAGUUCUGCAGCUUAAGCCUGUUAUCUCAACUUAAAAUCGUUUACAGACCAGCCUUGAAGUGGAUAGAAGGAAAUGUAACUUGUUUGCAAUGCCUGGCCUAUUUGUGAGUACACCUUCUUUCACAAUUGUUAUUCAACAGAACGAGUGGUCUUGUUUGUUUAUAAUCUACUGCAAAGAUUAAAGUGGUGUCACCAAUAACAGGCCAAAUUACUCGCUUCCUUUUUAAACUGGACUUGGAUCACAGUGUUGAAGACGUAGUAAAGAGGUAUUGAAGUUAUGCUGUGUGAACUUAUUUCAGCCAGGCCUUCACCUGCUUAAAAAAAAGUGCAAGUGCAGUUCCAAGUAUUGCCUCCUUGCUUCUAUUGAAACAGUAGUGAAAUGUGGAAACUGAGAAAAGUUGGAGACCUAAUACGAAACUUAUACCUCUAGCUUCCUUCAAUGCCUACCAAAAUGAUGGUGUCAGUUGCAUCAAACUUCCCAGCUCUGUUUAUUUUUGUAGAAAUAUAUUAUGCGGACUGUCGGUGGCUUGCAGUUGUCGUACGCCAGUAUUUGACACGUAUGAUCACCCUCCACUGAGUGUCGUGCUUUUAACUUUCAGUGAACAAACUCGUGGACUCUCAGGAAGCCGCUCCUGGGUCUUAGGGGCCCCUGGCCAGCCGGCCCUUCCUGCAGCCGAUUUCGGGUGCCGCAGAGGGAGGGCCCAUGGCUGGCAACAGCGGCGGCGCUCUCAGUGCCUGUCCCCACGUCACCACUGUGGGUGACUUCACCAAGGAGGACAUCGCAAGGAAGCAGGAGCAGUGGCGGUGCGAAUCAUGUGGAGCCAGUGGCCCCAGCUUAUGGGCCUGCCUGUACCGGGACUGCCUCUAUGUGGGCUGUGGAGAGGCCUUCAAGGACCACAGCACCCUGCAUUUUCAGGGCUGCUGCGAGCACUCGGUGACUCUGAACCUGAGCACCCUGAGGGUCUGGUGCUACCUGUGCGAGAGCGAGGUGUUCCUGGAGAACAACCGGCCGCCCCUGUUGGGCGCCUCCCCGCGCAGCAACAGGACCCUCCCCCAGGGGACGGCCCACACCCCUGCGGGGGCCGCGCGCGUUCCCCAGGGGGCCUCGUCCCCGGCCCAGGAUCCAGACUCCGACGACGAGGCUGACCAAGAAAACGGACUCAAGCCCAGAGGGCUAACAGGGCUGCAGAAUUUGGGCAACACAUGCUACAUGAAUGCAGCACUUCAGGCUCUGUCAAAUUGCCCCCAGCUGACCAACUUCUUCCUAGACUGCGGGAGCUUGGUUCCUUCAAGCAAAAAGCCUGGCCUGUCCAAGAGCUACAUGCGCCUGGUGCGCGAGAUGUGGCACAAGCGGAGACCCAGCUAUGUCGUGCCCUCAGGCAUCGCUUAUGGAAUCAAACUGGUCUGCCCUGUGUUUCGUGGCUACAGCCAACAGGACGCGCAGGAGUUUCUGCGCUGCUUCCUGGACCAGCUGCACGAGGAGCUGAAGGAGCCCUCGGGGCCGACCCCGGGUGCAGGGCGACCCCGGUCCCCUCCCGUGGCCACCUCGGACUCGAGUCCCUCGGAGGACGAGGGGGACGAGGAGGAGGAAGACUUCGAGACGUGCGACUCUGGCCUGAGCAGCGAGAAGAGCUCGUGCGGGGAGGAGGGGGCCUCCGACCUCAGGCUCCUCGCCCCUUCGCACGACCGCCUGGCAAAGGAGGGUCUGGGCCGGUUGGCGCCCGUCGAGGAGAAGGCGGGCGGGGACUGGCCCCAGGAGCCCCACGACCACAGCAGCGGGGCCAAGCAGAGUCCGGCGGCGGUGGCUCCCCGGGCUCGCAGGGGGCGCCGGGGGGCCUCUCACCGGCUGCGCAGCGUCGUCUCGGACGUCUUUGACGGCCGCAUCCUCAGCUCUGUGCAGUGCCUCACCUGCGACACGGUGUCAACGACGCGAGAGACGUUCCAGGACCUGUCCCUGCCCAUCCCAGGCAGGGACCACCUGGCAGUGCUGCAUGCGGCUGCGGCGGCUGGCGGCCAGGGGGGGAGCAGCCCCCACGGGACUAGCAGGGGUCCCCCCAUGGACCCGACCGCCUCCCAGAGCUGGCUCUCCUGGCUGCUCACGCGCAUGUUCUCUUGGGUUUUCGGGUGGCUGUGGGGCCCAGGGGUGGGGCUGCAGGACUGCCUGGCGGCCUUUUUCUCGGCCGACGAACUCAAGGGGGACAACAUGUACAGCUGUGAGAAGUGCCGCAAGCUGCGCAACGGCAUUAAGUUCUCACGGGUGCUUCAGCUCCCAGAGGUGCUGUGCAUCCACCUGAAGCGAUUUCGGCACGAGGUCAUGUUUUCUUCUAAGAUCGGCAGUUACGUCUCCUUCCCCCUGGAUGGAUUGGACAUGUCCCCGUUUCUUCAUCGAGAAUGCCCCCGGACGAGCACAAUCUACGACCUGAUGGCCGUCAUCUGUCACCACGGCACUGCCGGCUCGGGGCACUACACGACGUAUGCCUUGAACCACCUGAACGACCAGUGGUACGAGUUUGACGACCAGUACGUCACCUCGGUGGAACCGCAGGUGGUGCAGAACUGCGAGGCCUACGUGCUCUUCUAUCGGAAGUCCUCGGAGGAGAUGGUGAACCGCAGGAACCGCACCUUCGAGCUCAUGGAGCGCAGCCGCAAUGAGCCGGGACUGCUGAGCUUCUACAUCUCGAAGCAGUGGGUGAAUCGGUUCAAUACCUUCGCCGAUCCUGGCCCCAUCGACAACGGGGACUUCCUCUGUGUGCACGGAGGUGUGCAACCGGCCAAGGCCUCCUUUGCCGAAGACUUAUGCAUGCAGCUAUCGCAGUCGGUCUGGGAGUACCUCCAUGACUCGUUUGGAGGCGGCUCCGCCUGCACUCACCUGUACACCUGCCCCACGUGCACGAGCGAGCGGGAGGCUCUGGAGAGCAGGAGAAAGCUCGAACUGGAGACCUUUGUGGCGUUGAACCGCGAGUUCCAGCAAAGCCAGGAGAGCCCUGGAGAGGUGUAUGCCGUGAGCAUGGCGUGGUUCAAGCAGUGGGAGGCCUUUGUGAGGGGCAAAGAGACAGACGCCCCAGGUCCCAUCGACAACUGGUGCAUUUGCGGGGUGACUGCCAAGUCUGCAUCCACCGCACAAACCCUACAACAGUCCCUGCGUGCGGGCAGCGACUACGGCUCCCUGUCAGAGCCGAUGUGGCGCUUCCUGCAAGGUAGCUACGGAGGGGGCCCUGAGGUGCCCCUGCAGCAGGCCCAGCCCGUGGUACAGGCAGCAGUGCGCCCCACCUACCCCACAAGACCCCCCGCCUCCCCUAGUCAAGCCUUGGGCCCAGCUGCAGCCAAGCGGCCUUGCAUGGAGGAGCCCAAAGAAGAGAGCCAGUAGCCCCCGUCAACAGAAGCAGCAGAUUGUGUAUACAUAGAGCCUGUGGUUCCCCUAUCGCAAUAAAUGGCCCCAGCCCCUUGGGGUUCUGUCACAAGCA